AUGGCUCUCAAUUGGGACAUCAGUUUGCAGCAGAUGUGGGACUUUGAAUAUGGCUUCAAGAAGCUUUUGAGACCCAAGGCCGAUGAAUAUGUGAGAAAGGUCAUUGAUUACUGGACCAGCUAUGAGGAUGAUUCAGUGGAACUCUGCCGAAGAGGUUCUGAUGCUUAUCCGCAAAGAGAAAUGCCCGUGGAAGAACAUCGAACGAAAGCACCCGAAACUCUGGAGCCGCUCGGUGCGGUGCGGUUGUCGAAUGCUUCGUGCGGGUGGAAGAACAUCGGCUCCGAUAAGGCUCCCAUUGGCAACCAAGCCUGCAAGGGUGACAAAGAGGAGAAGCUCAUGGCACGGAGACGGUACCCGAUUCUCAAGAGCCAAGAAUGUGGAGAUUUGACAGGGCGUUUGAUCGGUGAAAGGGUCGAUGGCACCAAGGAAGGAGAUGAUCAACCGCCGCCGCACCUGGGGGUGGGUGAUGAUGAUGCAGGGACCUGCGAAAGUCGUGUGGAUGGCGUUUGUAUGCAGCGCAAUACACAGGUCAAGUCCAUGCACAGCCUCUUCUUCUUCGGCUUUCCUCUGAGGAAUGUGAAUCCUGAUUGGUCUGGGCUUGCAGCUGAUCAGGGCCGUAGCGAGGCCUCUGACUACAUUAUGGAGUGGAUUUUCAAUACCUACAAUGACAUGCUGAUCAAAGAAAACCGCGACGCCGAAGGCUUCAGGUGGCUUGGCCCCAAAGAUCCGGUGCAAGUGCGAGAUGCCUAUGGACAAGAGAAGGCAGAGGCUGAAGCAGAGGGCCGGCGCACAGAUUUUAGUGCAGUAAUGUCGCCAGCUGUCCACCAUGCAUCCAAAGCAUGUUUGUGCACAUCACUGACGACUUUCUUUGCAUUUUUCUCGAACGCCUCAUCCUGUUUCGCAUCCAUCAGGACCUUUGGGCUUUUCUGUGCAAGCUUGAUCAUCAGCAACUUUUGCAUUGACUUCACAUUUUUCCUUGCGAUUGUUUGCGCCAGCGAGCGAGUCAAGCGGAAAGCUGCCCAAUCCAUGCCACCAAAGGUCCAGGUGGAGGCUCAGCAAGAGGUUAGAACGUUCAAGCUCCCACUGCUGGGCAUUUUUGCAACCUUUGCAGUGAUUUGCAUGUGGACAGCGAGCUAUGUCACACCGGAUCUCAAAAUGCCUCAAGUCUUUAGUUCCAACGACAACUAUGAGCGUUUCCUGCCCGUGCUGUCCAAGCGCUACGAAAAGAAAUUCAAUCCCUACCGAUUGAAAGUUCGUAUCCAUUUGGGCGUCAACGCGGAUGAUCCCAUCGAUCGCGGCACCACGCCCGACUACAACGAUUGCUUCUUCAACUGUGCUGGGCAGAAGCCGAACUACGUGCAUCUCUUUGCCACCCUAGGCGCGGGGGGUUUGGUGGCUCAAAGUCUGGUGGGUCACAAACCGGUCCCGGUCUGA